AUGAUCCCUCCCUGCGAUCCCUCGAUCCUCGCGCACAAUCCUCUAUUCAAGCGGCUCUAUGAAAAUCUAACGACCACGCUUUUCAAUCCCGAUGGCUCGACGCGUGCGCACAGCGCGCUCCCGGAGCGAGAACGCGCGGUGGAGGACUUGAAACAAUGCCAGACACAACAUGCAAAGAAGCGGAUCAAGGAGCGAAUGCUGCGGCGAUUGGCGUUCGCAUCUGAUAGCGGGCUACCCGAUGAGUGCCGGGAUAAUCUCGCCAUCAUAUCGCUGUACCUGGAGACACCGCGUGCCGCAAUCGACCCCGACAGACGCAAGCAAGACAAACAAGGCGCCCAAAAUCCGGAGGAGGAAGAUGGAGAUGACGCCCUCUCACUACUCGCACCGGACAUUGAAGCAUUCCACUCGCACAUCCCAACCAUUGCCCGCUCACUCUCCACCCUCCUCUCGUCAUCCGUCAACAACCUCCGAAACCUAGCCACCGCACAGCCAACCACCUCUCCAGAAACACCACCAACAGGAACAGGAGGUAUUCCCACCUCCUUAUCACGAAGCAUCCACGCCCCAGUACAUCUAAGCCACCACGCACGCGCACGAGCCCGUGAUCGCCGAGUUCGCACAUCCAUUGCCUCCGCGCCGCCAGUCUCGAAUAUCCUCCGGGAACGGGUGCGCGCGUUGCGCCAGAUCCAACUGUUCGAGCUGCCCACAGCCAGACGACAGAUGGCCGCGACAGCGGCCGAUGUGCUUGCGACCCGAACGCUGGUAUUAGAGAGGACUGUUAUUACCCUCGAGCGGGUUAAGCAUGGUGCGUUGGCGAGGGCGACAAAGGCCAAGGCGGAGCAUUUGGCUACCGUUGCGCAGGGGGUUGAGGGGAAACUUGAAGUUACGAAGCUCGAAAUCACCGCUUCCAUCUAUACACCCGAAACUCUGGCCGCGCUCACCCGGUACAGAGAUCACCUCCGCAAAACGCGGGAUCAGCUGGAAGAACGGCGGAUGAUGGCGAUUGAAGAGCUCCGGGAUUACGGCGAUGUGGAGGUGUCUGAUGGAUCCGGGACACAGGCUGCGGGUGAUGGCGGGACUCUGGCGGAGAUUGCUCGUCGAUAUGGAGCACUUGCCAGAGAAGUGGAAACGGUCAAGAUGGAGAUUGCACGGCUGGGCGAGUGA